GCUUUUUCCACCACCAACGCCGCUUCUGACAAAGUUCAACGCCGGGAAGCGGCUUAUUUCACCUUCAACAGUUUUCCGAGGAAGUCUGCCCUGAGCUUGUCCAAAGUCUUUCCCCUUACCCUCAAAUUGUUGAUUGUAUCACAGUCCUCGCUCACUCCCAGUGUCUUUAUAACUGCACCGUCUGCCACCCACUCUGUCAUCACACUCUCUGUACCUGCAGCAACCAGCACUAACCACCACCCAGAUUGCACCCUUUUGCUUCAUAGCAAGGCGAACGAUUAACUAUUGUAGCAAUUGCUAGAGUCGCUGUGAAGUUGGGCUGUUUGUGGCUAGGCUAGACGCGCGCGAGAGAGAGAGCGAGAGGGGGAGUUAGCGUGAGAGAGCUACAUCGAGAGUUCUUUUAGCUUCGGAAACGGUGCAGUUGGUUUGAGUUUCGUUUCUAGUGAGGUGGGACACGAAGCCAGGGUUUACAAUGGGAGCAGGAUGGAAGGAGGCCAUGGCGCUGGGGCUGGCUGGAGCUGGAGUGGCCCGAGUGUUGGCUAUUAGUGAGGAUGUGGUUGAUAAUGCAGCGGUGUCGAGUUUCGUGAAGCAGUUCAUGAACCUGGAGGGCGCAGUGCAGGCACUGCUCGUGGCGGUUCUUUUGGGAUUGCUCAUCGCGAAGCUGCGCGCGCCCAAGCUCAAUCUUCCCCCUGGCCCUGUUGCCCUUCCCAUUGUCGGAAACUGGUUGCAGGUCGGAGAUGACUUGAACCAUAGAAACUUGGCUGAGAUGUCUCAGAAGUAUGGCGAUGUGUUUUUACUCAAGAUGGGGCAGCGCAAUCUGGUCGUGGUGUCCUCCCCUGAGGUAGCCAAGGAGGUCCUGCACACGCAGAGUGUGGAAUUCGGCUCGCGAACACGCAACGUCGUGUUCGACAUCUUCACAGGAAAUGGCCAAGACAUGGUAUUCACCGUCUAUGGCGACCAUUGGCGCCGGAUGCGCAGGAUUAUGACUGUCCCCUUCUUCACUAACAAGGUGGUACAGCAGUCCCGCGGUGCAUGGGAAGAUGAAGCCCUGCGCGUUAUCCAGGAUCUCAAAGCCAAGCCCGAGGCGUCCACCACGGGGGUCGUGAUCCGGAAGCGGCUCCAGCUUAUGAUGUACAACAUCAUGUACCGCUUGAUGUUCGAUUCCCGGUUCGAGAGCGAGGAGGAUCCCCUGUUCCUGAAGCUCAAGGCGCUUAAUGGCGAGCGGUCGCGGUUGGCGCAGAGUUUCGAGUACAACUAUGGUGACUUCAUCCCCGUGUUGCGGCCAUUGCUACGCGGGUACUUGAAGGUGUGUCAGGAGAUCAAGGACCGGCGCCUGGCGCUCUUCAAGGAGCACUUUUUGGAUGAGCGCAAGAAAUUGUUGUCAACCUUGGGACCCAGGCCCGACGGGGAGAAGGCUGCCAUCGACCUAAUUCUGGAAGCGCAGAAGAGGGGCGAAAUCAACGAAGAAAACGUCCUGUACAUCGUCGAGAACAUUAACGUCGCGGCCAUUGAGACGACUCUCUGGUCCAUCGAAUGGGGAGUUGCAGAGCUCGUGAACAACCCGGAGAUGCAGACCCGCAUACGUGAAGAGCUCGACAGCACUCUAGGCAAGGGCAACCUCAUCACUGAGCCCGACACCUACAACAACAAGCUCCCCUACUUGUCGGCCUUCGUGAAAGAGGUGAUGCGCCUGCACAUGGCCAUCCCCUUGUUGGUGCCCCACAUGAACCUCCACCAGGCUAAGCUCGCCGGCUACGACAUCCCCGCCGAGAGCAAGAUCCUCGUGAACGCGUGGUGGAUCGCCAACAACCCCAACCACUGGGAUCAACCCGAGAAAUUCAUACCAGAGCGCUUCCUGGACGGCAAGAUCGAGGCCAAGGGCGACGACUUCCGGUUCCUGCCCUUCGGCUCCGGGCGAAGGUCAUGCCCCGGCAUCAUCAUCGCCAUGCCGCUCCUGUCCAUCGUCCUGGGCCGGUUGGUGCAAUCCUUGGAGCUCCUCCCACCGCCCGGAACGAAGAAGGUGGACGUGAGCGAGAAGGGAGGCCAGUUCAGCCUGCACAUCGCCACGCACUCCACCGUGGUCUGCAAACCCAUCGCUUAAGCUCAAGCGCAAUGUGGACUAACCUGACCCAUCUCUGCAACUUGAAACUGAACCACCCAAUUCUUUCGUCUCCACCGCCGCCGCCGCCACCACCGAGCUCAGGAUCAUCACAUCUCCUGAUUCCGAGAUUGUACUUACGGAGCCAGGCAGCAGUGUCUAGAUUGCCUCUACCAGAACCAGAACUAGAAGCAGUACCAGUAUCAGUGCCAGUAUCGCACAGUAGUAGAUACAGCCCCUUUGUCAAUGUGUAGCUCCCUAGUGUGCCUCUCUCCCUAUCUCUCUCCGCACAUGUAUAGCUUACAACAAGGUUCUUCUGAAUUGAGCAGAAGAUUGAGUACUCCAUUUUUCUUUUCAUCAGGAGCCAUUGGUGGCAAAUAAAUAUUCGAUUCCGCAAUGUGUUCGUUGCCAACACUUUUUCA